AUGACAACAAUGACGACGUCUAAGCGCAUCGCCUUCGGCCUUUCCAAUAUCUUGAUACCCAUCGCGGUACUCGUCUUCGCAACAGGCUUUUUUCCCUACAAGCCAUUCCUGUCUGGCCUGGCCACAUUUGAAGAGGUCGAGAACGAAGAGCUGGGACUUGGCUUGCUCAAGGGCAAUGAUCGGCCACAGAGGAUAUUCGACAAGGUCAUAUUCAUGACUGUGGACGCGUUGAGGAGUGAUUUUGUCUAUGGCCAUGGAUCAGGCUUCACCUUUACCCAAGGGUUGAUACGCUCUGGCGCUGCACUGCCCUUCACAGCACAUGCCACUCCACCUACCAUCACCAUGCCUAGAGUCAAGGCUUUGACCACUGGCUCUGUACCUUCGUUCCUCGACGUCAUUCUCAACUUUGCCGAAAGCGAUACCACUUCUUCUCUGGCUACUCAAGAUACAUGGCUGGCUCAGGCCAAAGCCAACCUCAACAAUGGGAACCUCAUCUUCUAUGGUGACGACACCUGGCUUAAGCUAUUCCCCGACUUCUUCGCCCGACAUGAUGGUACCAGCUCCUUCUUCGUCUCUGACUUCACAGAGGUCGACAACAACGUUACGCGCCAUGUUCCAAGAGAGUUGGACCAACCUGACUGGGAUGUCAUGAUUAUGCAUUAUCUCGGUCUGGAUCACAUCGGCCACAAAGCCGGGCCUCUGAGCCCUAACAUGCUGCCAAAGCAAAAAGAGAUGGACAGUAUUGUUAAGAAGAUAUACGAGGCCAUGGAACUCAACAGUCACCUCGAUGAUACCUUGCUCGUUGUGGCUGGCGAUCACGGCAUGAACUCUGGUGGAAACCACGGAGGUUCUGCUCCUGGUGAGACCGAGCCCGCUCUCGUCUUCAUCUCUCCAAAGUUUGUGGAUCUGGACAAGCCAGCAUAUUCCGCCNCCACCCACCCCAAAGAAGAAACCGAGUUUGAGUUCUACCGCAAGGUUGCUCAGAACGAUCUAGUGCCUACGCUUUCCGCCCUUUUGGGCAUUCCGAUUCCUCGCAAUAACCUUGGAAUCAUCCUUCCCGAGAUGCUUGGCUUCUGGAAGACGAAGGUCAGCAGUGCGGGUCUGAAUGUCGCAGCCGAGUUGCUCUACAGGAACGCCCUGCAGAUGCUGAGCAUUAUCAAGGCCAAAUUCGGGGACUCCGAUGCCUGGGAGUACGAUCCGAAAGUUAAUGGCCACAUCUGUGCGGAUUGCGAAGGUUCGGAAGACGAAGAAAGGCUAAUGUGUCGCUGGUACUUGGUUAGAGAUGCCGUGUCCAACGACAUGCAAUCGGGAGAGCUUGUGAACUCGGCCACUCAUCUGAAUGAGGUCAGUACAGCGAAUCCAUAUCUUACGACUUCUAUUGACGCCUUCUCAGNNUUCCUUAUUGAUGCCCAGGAUGUUCUAAGUACAACAGCGAGCAGCUAUAACGUCGAUCGCUUGAUCAUCGGUGCUGCAAUGUCAGCCGUCUCUCUCGUCCUGGCUGUUUUCUCGAAGCAGAAUGUGUGGCCACCAACGUCUGCUGGUAUGGGCUUCACCUUGAUCACCACUCUCUACGGCGUUAUGAUGUUUGCCACUAGCUAUGUCGAAGAAGAGCAACACUUCUGGUACUGGGCCACAGCAGCUUGGAUGGCCUAUCUAUAUGCCGCANAAGUAUGUACGACCAUUUUGACUAGUAAAACGUCAGCUAACAUGCCCUUUCUCAGAACCAAAGUUACUGGGCUUCAAACAUCGGUGAUAUCCUCCGCUUUUGUCCUUGUCGCGCUUCACCGUCUAUCGACGCGUUGGAAUCAGACUGGUCAGAAACACGCUGGCGAUCCUGAUGUAGCUCACACAUUCUUCCCUGAACACCACAUUAUCCUGUGGAUGCUCAUUAUCACGGCUUACAUUCACUUAGCCUUCCGCAUCGGGCGACGAACUUUUGCUGACAUCCUGGCUCCCGAGUUCGCAACCAUUUCUGCCAUCUCCCUGGUCUUGCCUUCGUUUGUGUUCAAGCUCAACUUUACUCAGGCCGAUGCGCCAGAACUGGUUGGCGGCCUUGCUGAGUCCGUUAGAGAGUGGACUUCCGAGCUGGAUCUCGUGACUCAAGCCAGGACCGCUUUCGUAGGGUUGUCUAUUGCCACUCUAGUUGUUAUCGUUAUGGUCGUCCUGGGAUACGGACGCGAUGAUGAAGCAGCAAAGAGGGGUGCCAGCGGGUUCACAGACUCUCGUCUUACAUCGCGCCUCCACGAUCUUCUGACACUGUUUCUCAUUACUCAAACACGCGCUCAGAACAUCCCACUCUUCAUGUUCUUUGACUUGCAGGCUCAAAUCAUCUUCCAUCUGCUCUCGCGACCAACCGUACCCACCGCGCCCAAUUCUCACACGUAUACAAAACCUCUGCCGGUACUCUCCACAACUGUUACCAUCCUUCUCAUGGCACAUACGUCAUUCUUCGCUCUCGGCAACUCCAACGCAAUCUCCAGUAUUGAUCUCAGUAAUGCAUACAACGGUGUCAGCGGCUACAAUGUCGUUGCCGUCGGUGUGCUCUUAUUCGCAUCGAAUUGGGCAGGUCCCAUAUACUGGAGUACCUGCGCAGCUGUGCUCUUUACUCUGCCUUCCAUCGAGCAAGAAGAAGCAGCUCUUGAUCGUCUCGAGCAAGUAGCUGAAAGACAGCGAACUUUGGGUAACAAGAAGUGGAUUCACGAGGAGAGGGAGCUGUUGCGUCAACAAGCUGUGGACGUUCCUGCAUCUGCAACCAAGCAAGACAAGAAGGAUCACGACAUCUGGCAUGAACAUAUCAGCACAAUGUCGAUCUUCAUUUCUGCAAGCUUGCUAGCUGUCAUGGUAGCUUGUACUAUGCUGAGAACGCAUCUGUUUAUCUGGACAGUGUUCAGCCCUAAGUACCUGUAUGCUAUGGCUUGGGCUGUUGCGUGGCAUCUGAUUGUCAACAUAGGGAUUGGAGGAAUUCUGUGGAGUGUUAGAUAA